AGGCGGCGGCGGCGGCGGCCGGAGCGGGAGCCCGAGCGGCAGUCGGCGGCCGCGGGAGCCGCGAGGAGCGCAGGGGCAGCCCGGAGCGCGCCGGGGUCCCCGCGCCCCGCUCGCCCGCCGCGCUCCGAAGAUGGUGGCGGCGCCGUGCGCCCGGAGGCUGGCCCGGCGCUCGCACUCGGCGCUGCUCACGGCGCUCGCGGUGCUGCUGCUGCAGACGCUGGUCGUGUGGAAUUUCAGCAGCCUGGACUCCGGGGCCGGGGAGCGCCGCGGGGGCGCAGCGGCCGGCGGCGGAGAGCAGCCGCCCCCGGCCCCAGCCCCGCGCCGGGAGCGCCGGGACCUGCCCGCCGAGCCGGCUGCAGCCCGAGGAGGAGGAGGAGGCGGCGGCGGAGGAGGAGGACGGGGGCCCCUGGCGCGGGCGCGGGGAGGCGGCCCCGGAGAACCCCGGGCACAGCAGCUGGCCAGCCGGGGGGCACUGCCCGCCCGGGGUAUGGAGCCACAUCCGAGUCCGCUCAUUACCCUGGAGACUCAGGAUGGCUACUUUUCUCACCGGCCAAAAGAGAAAGUGCGAACAGACAGCAACAACGAGAACUCUGUCCCCAAAGACUUUGAGAAUGUCGACAACAGCAACUUCGCACCCAGGACUCAAAAGCAGAAGCACGAGCCUGAGUUGGUGAAGAAGCCACUGAGUAGACAGAAGGAGCUUUUGAAAAGGAAGCUGGAACAGCAGGAGAAAGGAAAAGGACAUGCAUUCCCUGGGAAAGGCCCCGGUGAGGUGCUGCCUCCCGGGGACAGAGCCGCAGCCAAUAGCAGCCAUGGGAAGGAUGUGUCCAGACUGCCUCAUGCCAGGAAAACUGGGGGCAGCUCCCCCGAGACCAAGUAUGACCAGCCCCCCAAGUGUGACAUCUCGGGCAAGGAGGCCAUCUCUGCCCUGUCCCGUGCUAAGUCCAAGCACUGCCGCCAGGAGAUUGGGGAGACCUACUGCCGCCACAAGUUAGGGCUGCUGAUGCCUGAGAAGGUGACUCGGUUCUGCCCCCUGGAGGGUAAAGCCAACAAGAACGUGCAGUGGGAUGAGGACUCUGUAGAGUACAUGCCGGCCAACCCAGUCAGAAUCGCCUUUGUCCUGGUGGUCCACGGCCGCGCCUCUCGGCAGUUGCAGCGCAUGUUCAAGGCCAUCUACCACAAAGACCACUUCUACUAUAUCCACGUGGACAAGCGCUCUAAUUACCUGCAUCGGCAAGUGCUCCAGGUCUCCAGGCAGUACAGCAACGUCCGCGUCACCCCCUGGAGAAUGGCCACCAUCUGGGGGGGAGCCAGCCUCCUGUCCACCUACCUGCAAAGCAUGCGGGACCUCCUGGAGAUGACCGACUGGCCCUGGGACUUCUUCAUCAACCUCAGUGCGGCCGACUACCCCAUCAGGACAAAUGACCAGUUGGUGGCGUUUCUCUCCCGAUACCGAGAUAUGAAUUUCUUGAAGUCACACGGCCGGGACAAUGCAAGGUUCAUUCGGAAGCAGGGCCUGGAUCGGCUCUUCCUGGAGUGCGACGCUCACAUGUGGCGCCUGGGAGAUCGGCGGAUCCCAGAGGGCAUCGCCGUGGAUGGUGGCUCGGACUGGUUCCUGCUGAACCGGAAGUUUGUAGAGUAUGUGACCUUCUCCACAGACGAUCUGGUGACCAAGAUGAAGCAGUUCUACUCCUACACCCUGCUUCCUGCCGAGUCCUUCUUCCAUACAGUCCUGGAGAACAGCCCCCACUGCGACACCAUGGUGGACAACAACCUGCGCAUCACCAACUGGAAUCGCAAGCUGGGCUGCAAGUGCCAGUACAAGCACAUCGUGGACUGGUGCGGCUGCUCCCCCAACGACUUCAAGCCACAGGACUUCCACCGCUUCCAGCAGACAGCCCGGCCUACCUUCUUUGCCCGCAAGUUCGAAGCCGUGGUGAAUCAGGAAAUCAUUGGGCAGCUGGACUAUUACCUGUACGGGAACUACCCUGCAGGUACCCCGGGCCUCCGCUCCUACUGGGAGAAUGUCUACGACGAGCCUGAUGGCAUCCACAGCCUAAGCGACGUGACACUCACCUUGUACCACUCCUUUGCCCGCCUGGGUCUUCGACGGGCCGAGACAUCCCUGCACACGGAUGGGGAGAACAGCUGCCGGUACUACCCAAUGGGCCACCCAGCAUCUGUCCACCUCUACUUCCUUGCCGACCGCUUCCAGGGCUUUCUGAUCAAGCAUCAUGCUACCAAUCUGGCCGUGAGCAAACUGGAGACUCUGGAGACCUGGGUGAUGCCAAAAAAAGUCUUCAAGAUCGCAAGCCCACCCAGCGACUUUGGGAGGCUUCAGUUUUCCGAGGUUGGCACUGACUGGGAUGCCAAGGAGCGGCUGUUCCGCAACUUUGGGGGUCUCCUGGGGCCCAUGGAUGAGCCGGUGGGUAUGCAGAAGUGGGGGAAGGGGCCCAACGUGACCGUGACUGUCAUUUGGGUGGAUCCCGUCAACGUCAUCGCAGCCACCUACGACAUCCUGAUUGAGUCCACUGCCGAAUUCACGCACUACAAGCCCCCUUUGAACUUGCCCCUGAGGCCUGGGGUCUGGACAGUGAAAAUUCUCCAUCACUGGGUGCCAGUUGCAGAGACCAAAUUCCUCGUUGCGCCUCUGACCUUCUCCAACAGGCAGCCCAUCAAACCGGAGGAGGCACUGAAGCUGCACAAUGGGCCCCACCGCAACGCCUACAUGGAGCAAAGCUUCCAGAGCCUGAACCCCGUCCUCAGCCUGCCCAUCAGCCCCGCCCAGGUGGAGCAGGCACGGAGGAACGCAGCCUCCGCGGGCACAGUGCUGGAGGGAUGGCUGGACUCGUUGGUGGGCGGGAUGUGGACUGCCAUGGACAUCUGUGCCACGGGCCCCACGGCCUGCCGGGUCAUGCAGAUCUGCAGCCAGACGGCCUGGAGCUCCUUCAGCCCUGACCCCAAGUCGGAGCUGGGAGCGGUCAAACCUGAUGGCCGGCUCAGGUAGCACUGGGCACGAGGAGUGGGCCACAGCAGGAUCUCAACAGGAAAGCAGCCAGUGGGGUUGUGGGGCCUGAACCCUGGCCUCCCACCCUGGGGGGGGCACCCUCUGAGAAUGGGUCUCUCCUGGCCAUAGAAUGAUGGAAAGGGAAGGUCAGCAGGUCAAAGCAGGAUCAGCCAACAACCUGCCUUUGGCAAGGGUGGGACGGCUCAGUCCCUGCACUGUGACGGUCUCACCUCUUCUGGUUGAUCCUCAAGUCCUACAGGUUCCUUGUCUUCCCCGUCCAGUGACCCACCCCGCCCCCAGAUGAGUGAUUUUCAAACUUUUAUUUUAAGCAGCAGAACUUUGUUUACUGAGCACAGUCAUAAGUGGAGUUCAGGGUGCGGACGAAAUCCAACCUGCUCUGGUUGAAGCCGAAGAGUCCAAGGUUCCCUCCCAAAGCUCAGCCCUUCGGUCGGUCCCCUUGCCCAGGGUAUCUCCUACAGUACCUCUUCAGAACCCAAGGGCUCUGCAAAUGCCAGUUUGACAAGCACUGCCCAGACCAACCAUGGGUUCAGACUCCAGCCUCGCCCUUUGGUUCAUCUUUCUGCUCCUCUCUUGGCUGAGGGACUUUUGUGCCAGCCUUGGUCGUGGUCCCUUUCCCAUGGAGGCUGCAGCCUUGGGAGAGCUCUGAGCCUCUCAGCAGCCCUCCUUGGGUUGAGCUAUUCUCCUUAGUAACUAGGUAAGUGGGAAAGCCUUUUGAUGUGGCAUGGCCAAGGUCCAGCCACAAGUGCAACUGCCACCUGUCCAGGGGUCUAGGCCUCCUUCCCUCAAGGCUGCCACACAAAGUAGCAGAAAUAGAAUGAUGUUUGUGAGCACCAAACUCAAGACCAUGACCUUCUUUGAUCCUUGAAAAUGGGAACUUUGAUGGCCAUGACCAUGAAACUCACAAGGCAACCCCGUGAAACUCACAAGGCAACGCCGUGAAACUCACAAAGCAAUGCUUGGAGCAAAACUGAGCUAGACAGCACAGCAGCACCCGUCCCCUGCCAGAGCCCUUCUGUUCUGAGGUCAGACACACAAACCCUUUGUCAGUUGCACGCCGGUGCUGUUGGGAGUGACCAAACGCAUGAACCAGACUUUUCCCGUCCAGGAAAUAGCAUUUCAGAUUUGGUUUUUAAUUUCAUGCCCUUCCUAAUCCAAGGAGCCAACAGGCUCAACGGGACAUGCAACAUAAAAGUGGGAAGGUUAUUUAAACAACAAAAAACAGUAUGAUUCAAGUGUUUGAGUUACCAGAAACCCAAAAGGUUUCCCUGCCACGAGCCCCUUGGAGUGUCAUCCCUGUUCACCAGGAGAGCCCUUCGCAGGAGGCCUCCCUUGCUCCUGUAAUCCCACCUCCCCUGAAUGAUGGGAUUCCCUUGGAAAAAGGGCUCACCCCUGGUAGCCAUCUGCCCUUCCCAUGGAGAGCCAGUCCUGACACUUCUCUCCAGCAUGGGUUUAAAGGGGCUGCCCUUCGUUCUGUAUUUGCCCCAUCCCAAACCUCGCAAAGCAGGAUGUCCUGUUAGCAAUGGAGGAUGUAGAGAACGGUCACUUUAGGUAUUUAUUAUUUAUAUGUUUUAGUCAAUGACUAAUUAGUAGGUGCUGUUUUUGCAGCUUGUCAAUUAUGUUAUCUUACUAACUGCAGCUGCCUUUAUUCACAAAAGGCCCCUUUUCCCACCCUCUGGUGUCUCUCUCUCUGCGUCUACUCCCCAUCCUCCUCAUCCUCAGAGUAAAGCAGGGGCAUUGAACACCAUGCCAAGAAAGCUCCAACCCGCAUCUUCCACUGGCUUUGAGUGGGGUGCCUUGGGGACCGUUGGAGCUUCGCUUUUUCCUUAUAUAGAGUGUCAGCCUCAUCUCUCCCUCAGAUCCUAAGAGUAUUGGAAUUCCUGAGCCUCCCAUCCUCCUCCAACUCACCCCCCGCCACAGGCACGAGGAGGUAACAGGCAGAAAGCUUGGAGGGUGGGUGGGUGGGGAAUGUGCUAGCUGCAGAGAGCCUGGGCCAUCCCUGCUUGCUCCAUGGAUGCCUUCCCAUGGCCCAUCUAAUCAUGGGCAUCCAUGCGACCUUAACGGAGAGAAACAGGCUCCUUUGAGCGAGAUCCAUCUCAGGAAGAGGGUCAUCAGAUCCAGGCAGCAGAGCCCAGGAGAUAGUCAUUCUCAACAGCGAUUCUGGGGAUUUCACGGUACUUUUCUCAGAAAGCCCCUAUGAUCUCUUUUACAGACUCUAUAGUGGCCAGAAGCUGGGUACCACAUCCUCUUUCUGCUCCCGGCCUCUGCCUCUGGCCACGGUUUCCCUGGGGCUGCUGAAGCCACUUCAGGAACUUCCCUUUCACCCUCCUUGCUGGGCCACUAGUGCUUUGUGUUCGCAGCGUUAUUUGCAGUGGCUUUGGGGACUCAGCAGUGGCAAGUCCCUGCGCAUAAUGUGAACUUGCAGACGUCAAGAUGGGGUCUCUCCUGCACCCACUAACAUGUCUGCCUUUUUUUGUUUUUAUCCUGGAACAAGUGGAGAAAUGGCAGAGUUGGCUGACUCUGGGGACCCUUCCCUUUUUCCUGUGACUUCAUUUCUUCCUCACCACAGCUAUUUCGGGGAGCUGAGAAGUCACACAGUAUUCCUCUGCCUUCUCUAAUGUUAUUAGAGACCAGAGAAUAAGGUUGCAGAUAUUACAUUUGGUUUUAAAAAAAAAAAAAAAAGGAAAAUCCCAAACAAAGCCCAGCAUGAUUUGAGAAAAGAGGAUGUUUUUCCAGGGAAAAUAUUUUUUUUUAACCUGCCUGAGAAUGAUUUAUUUGCUGGAGGCCAUUGUCAGACAGCCUGGAGCUUGGGUUCUGGAAGACUUCAAAAGCAUAGGGCUGUGGUCUUUGGAAACCUAUAAGCCUGCAGGGCAUAGCACCUAUGAGCUGAGCCAGUGACAAGGUCCCUAGAAACUCAGGAAGGCUUCAUGGUGGGCCUUGGGGUGUCGGUUUGUGGAGAGAAGGAAGCAUUCCUUAGGCUGCAGCCCUCCAUAGUGUCCCACUCACUGAGUGACAUUCAGGCAGAAAUUGAGCUCAGGAGACAGCCAGCCUUCCCACAUCCCACUUCACUUCCUGGUCCACGCAUAAAGCAGUGUGUCUCCAAGGACGCAGUGAGCAAUUCCCCUGUGUUGUAAGAAGUACACUGCUUUCUCCCUUUGCAGAGGGAAAAAAAGGCUUUCCUGGUGAGAUCAUGAGUCCUUCUGGCUUCAUUUCUCAUUGUGGGUUUAACUUCUAAAAUGCAAAUGGAGUUUAGAGAGGAUGAGCAGAACCACAGGACCCGCCCCCACUUCUCGCUCACUGCAAUUGCUUCUACUUUGGGCACAAGUUUGGGUGUUUGAAGACCAUGUUUCCCUCUGGUUCUCUAGUUGGCAAAUAGUCAGAAGACACUGGUUAGAACCUUAAGCUUUCUGCCAGAAAGAUACAGAGAGCAGGGCAGUAGCUACCAGGAGUAGGGUAUGAAUAAAGAGCCCUUCCACAACCAAGUUCACUGAGGAUUUGGAGCACCGGCUCUCCAGCAGCAUCCAGGGGUGGAGAGGUGUACAUUCUAGAAGCAGCUGUCCGCUUUAAAGCACUCCGCUUUAAAGACAGCAAGCUAGACCUACAGGAUCAAAGCCACACACUGUGGUAGGGGUUACAGAUGCUUACGGAGCCCAGGAUACUAGCACAGAUGAGUGAAAUGGUUGCUGUGAGACAAAAGGGCAUGAUGGGAGUGGGGAUGGGGACUGUGGUCUUACUGACAUGAACAUGACCUACCCGGAACGAGCAGCUGCUACUCAGCCCCAACCUAUCAUUGUAUGUUAAAAAUGUAAGCACAGUGUAGUGGAAUCUUCCAAUUUGGAAAGGAAGCCAGAAAUCCAGAUUUUUUGAAAAAAAAUCUGAUUUUUUCAAUGUCGGUUUUUUUGUUUGUUUUAAACAGAUAGUGGGCAAAGAAAAAUUCCACUGUUCCACGUGUGCACUGCCAGCAACCUCUGCUCUCUGGCGAGGUGGUUUAAAGUGAGAUUAUGCAUUGCCCUGGUAGAAGAGGAAAAAAGCCAGCAUCAAGUCAGGGCAAAAAUAACAGCCCAUGUUGAACUCUAAAUGGGGACCUCUUGCUAAGUCAAAUUCCCCUCCCCAAGAGACAGUUCCACAAAGGGGUAAUGGAUCAUUCAGCUCUCCUGGUCCCAAGAUUGUGCUGAAGGGAAGAAGGAACAGAAUCUGAAGAAAUGGACUGCUGCCGCUUAGAUAUGCAGAGGUCCACAUCUGCCUGGGGCUACACCUUGUGGGACAGUCUAGGAGGAGGAGGAGGUAGGGUGUGAAACAGCCAGGCUCUCUCCAAAUCCCAAGCGUAGACAGCCAUCUUGCCCCAUCCCUGAAAGCCUCUUUGGAAAUCACAUAGGGCUGUGCUGGCUCAUGGGAUGUCCUGUUUGCUUCUGCCUCAAUUACCUUACUUUGCCCAUGGGUCUACCACAGGCGCUACCUCAUUGUGUCUGCUGAGUUUACCUGGGAGGGGGGAACGAAGUUGUCCAAAUCUGCUUGAGCUGAAUGUAUGAUCUAUGCAAAUUCUCUCUCUCCUCUCUCUCUUCCUCUCUGGCUCUCUAACUUAGAAGUUUUUUAUUUGUUUGUUUUUACCUUGCAAACAAGAUACUGUAUAGGACCCUCUUAAGAUGGAGGAGGGCUUUCUUGCGCCACCUGUGUUUACCCCUCACGUUGUCUUUGGCUCUGGUCUUGCCAAGCUUAUGCAGGGAGAAAGUGGCCUCUCUUCCCUCUCCACUUGGCUGGGAAUAUUCCAACUGCCUCUGCCUACAGACACCACCAGAAAGCGGGUUCUGCACCUUGUCAUCCCCAUCCCUAAUGCCAUCUACUCCAUCCCUCAUGUUCCUUCAACUUGCUUCUCCCAUCCCUCCUUCAAAACAAACAAACAAAAAAAGCCUUAGGUUUCUCCUUUUCGAAAUGUGGCCUUAACAUUAUUUUUGGGAAGCUGACCAUCCAUCCUUUCCCUCCCAUCUCCACCAACAUCGCAGAAGAAAGAGCAUCGUGAAGCUUCUGUGGCAGCCUCCUAAGGGAGGGGCUGUCAAUCUGUAGUUUGCAGAUGCUAUAGAAAUUGCUUACAAAUGUCAUCUUUAAGAAAAAUGUUCUUAUAUUUUUCCUAUGGGCAAAAUGAAGGCUUGGGUGCUCAUCUAAAGCUCAGCCAACUCCUGAAGCACUCUCUUAGAGCAUAUUGCCACUGUAAUGGGCUGGCUUAAUUACCGGCAGAGUGCUCGAAAAGGCUUUGCAAACCUCCCCUGCCCCCAAGACUGGGUGACUUUAUGUACUUCAUUCAAGGGUAAAUCAGGAGACGUUCUCCAUUUAUCUCUUCGUCCUUCCUGCCUGGAAAGUGAUAGCACUAAAUAUUCCCGGAUGGGUAGUGUUCUCAAAGGGAUCACCCUUCUCCUACCUUCAGACUCUAUUCUUUACCCUUCCAUUGCUCCAGUGCUGAUGGAGGCCAAAGACAACCCCAGGGUUUUCACAGGAAAUUCACUAGAAUUGUGCGCAAUUGUCUUUGUAGUCCUUUUGCCUUUUUUUUGUAAUAUUAUGUUGUCAAUAGCAUUUGUUUGGGUAUUUGUUUUAGAGGCCUCGCUCUAAGUUAUUACCGUCCCCUUCAUUGUUUUCAAAGACAUGUGGUGAUAUAGUUUUUAAAAAUAACUAUUUUGUUAUAGAUCAUAAUAUGCAUAAAACUGUACAGAAAUAUUUUGUAAUGUGUUGAUUUUAAAAAACAGAAUCUGUAAAUAAAGUUUUAAAAACAGAAUUCAAAUGGCACACACUGAAAUAUGUAGAUAUUUUGCUAUUUAUUUAAAGGAGUAUUUUAAGAGAUAUUGAACUAUCUGAAAUUGACCAGUAAUCAAAGUUCCAGUCAUCUGAAUGCUUUUCCUUGAGGUAGAAUGUGAUUCUCAGAAAUGAUUGCAUUACCUGCCCAUUUUUGCACCUUUUCUGUCUUUUUAUUUAGCAGAACAACAACAACAACAAAAUUGUGCCUUAGCUUUAUUUUUUUGUCUAGGGAAGUUUGUUUCUGUCUGACAAAGCAAAAUUUUUUGCAGAAAACAGUGGAUGUAUUAAAUACUGUAUCAUACCAAAAACACUGCAGGUGUAUAUAGAUGCUUUCUGUCAUACUGUGUUUUCAGAUGCAGAAUUUUAAAAUUAAAAAAAUACUGCCUUUAUGGAA